AAAGGGUAAAGAGGUAAUAAAGGUGAAAAAGGAAAGAGGGUCAAAUACUCAAAACGAUGGCUACUUUUGGUUCAAGAUGGCGCCAAAGUAAAAAUGCUCCCGCGUACCAUUCUUCGCACAGACAGGUGUCGACCCGCAGGCCCGAAAUCCCCAGCCCGAUUACCAAUCAAAUCCAAAUUAUAAAAUCCUCUACAUUUUUUACAUAAAAUUGCAGUUUCACUCCAAUCAUCACGUAAUUUCAUUUGCUAUUUUUUAGGGCAAACCGCAAAAUUCGCGAAAGAAGAAAAAUCCAUGGCCCUGAAAUUUUACUCCCUUUUCUCAAGAACAGAGAGAUCAUGCAGCGAGGAAAAGAGCGAAGGUUCUCUCACGAAUCCUAGGGUUCCGAUGGACGACGACGACGACGUUUUCGAGGACAGCAACAGCACGGAAUUAACGCCUCUGUCGGCGGUGGCCGACGCGUUUGAAGAUCUCUCCGCCUUAUUGAAGGCCAAGGGUUUCGAUUUCGAUCUCGAUUUGAAAACCUUCUGCGGCGCUUGCUCCCUCGUCUCCAUUCUCUUCGGCUGUUUGGGCAUCGCUUUUAAAUUCGCCGAAUUGGAGUAUAUUUCUAAGGUAAGAGAUCUUACAGGAGCGUCGGAAAGCUACGGUACGCUUAACAAUAUAAUCGAUUUUGAUAUACAAAACGACUCGGUGAAGACACCUGGAAGUCUUACACGCAACCUGCGUAGAGUUAGGCAGGGUCUCGAUCUCAUUAGAGCUAUAUUUCAGAACUUCCUGUCGACGGAUGAUUACUAUUUGAAAGAAGCAGCUUCAACAGCUUACGCGAAAACGUGCGCGCCUUACCACACGUGGGCGGUGAGGACUGCAGUUUAUGCCGGCAUGUAUGCUCUCCCGACAAGGGACCAACUUAUUCUCAAACUAAAUGAAACUGAUGAGUCAGUGGAGAGAGAAAUGAUACGAUACAUCAACGCGUCGCUUCCCGUGAUCGAGUACAUUGACAAGCUGUACACUUCAAGAAACAUCAGCUUGGAUUGGUGAAUUGGAUAUACUUUUUUUUUCUGGGCUAUAUGCUUUUUAAUUAGUUCAGAUUCUAAAAGUAACUAAUUUAUUUGUAUAAUUAUAUAUAUAUAUAUAUAUAUAAAUUAGGCUUUAGGGUAUCGAUAAACGGAUGCUUGUGCCUGGUUGUUGCCGAGCUUCUAAGAAUAUUCAUAGCAGUAAUUUUUUUUUUUUUUUUUUUUUUUCCUAGGCAGGAUUUUGAGGUGCCCAGCAAUAAUACUUAUGAUGUAUCUGUAAUUGUGUAGUAAGCCAGGAAUGUAUUUUAUACAUA